AUGAUUCUGGCCAAACUUAAAGACGUCGGGAAGCAGCUAUUGCGGGUGAAGGUGGUGGACUGCAGCACAGAAGAGUCCAGGCUAUCACGAUGUCUCAACACCUUUGACCUGGUGGCCCUAGGUGUCGGAAGCACACUGGGCGCUGGCGUCUACGUCCUCGCUGGUGCCGUAGCCCGUGAAAGCUCUGGACCUGCCAUCGUCCUCUCAUUUCUCAUCGCUGCCCUGGCCUCCGUCCUGGCCGGUCUUUGCUACGCUGAGUUUGGAGCCCGUGUUCCUAGAACUGGAUCAGCUUAUCUCUACAGCUAUGUGACGGUUGGAGAACUGUGGGCUUUUAUUACCGGCUGGAACCUCAUCCUCUCCUAUGUCAUUGGAACUUCGAGCGUGGCGAGGGCAUGGAGCGCAACCUUCGAUGAGCUGACUGGAAAGCACAUUGAGACUUUUUGCAGAGAAAAUAUGAGGAUGAACUUUCCAGGAGUCCUCGCAGAGUAUCCAGACAUCUUUGCUGUCUUAAUCAUACUUAUUCUGACAGGACUGCUUGCUUUUGGAGUCAAAGAAUCAGCAAUGGUGAAUAAAGUAUUCACUUGCGUCAAUGUGCUGGUCCUGCUGUUUGUGAUCAUCUCUGGAUUGGUGAAAGGAAGCUUAAAAAACUGGAGCCUGGACCCUGAUGAGAUCCUUAACAUCACUGCAAACACCAGCGUUAAUACCUCGUUUUCCCUCCCUAAAAAGGAAACUCUUGGUCAAGGCGGCUUCAUGCCUUUUGGUUGGACAGGUGUCCUCUCCGGUGCUGCCACCUGUUUUUAUGCCUUCGUGGGGUUUGACUGCAUCGCCACCACAGGAGAGGAGGUGAAGAAUCCCCAGAGGGCCAUUCCCAUUGGCAUAGUGGCCUCUCUCCUCAUCUGUUUUGUAGCUUACUUUGGCGUUUCGGCGGCUCUUACUGUUAUGAUGCCGUACUACAUGCUGGACAAGAACAGCCCUCUUCCAGUGGCCUUUAAGUAUGUCGGCUGGGAGGGAGCCACUUAUGCAGUAGCCAUUGGCUCUUUAUGUGCUCUGUCGACCAGUUUGCUUGGUUCCAUGUUCCCAAUGCCGAGAGUGAUCUGGGCCAUGGCAGACGAUGGCCUGCUCUUCAAAUGUUUGGCUAAACUCAGCACACGAAGCAAAACCCCGCUAACUGCCACAGUAACAUCAGGCAUAGUUGCAGCUGUGAUGGCGUUCCUGUUUGAUUUGAAGGAUCUGGUGGACCUCAUGUCUAUCGGCACUUUGCUUGCCUAUACUCUGGUUGCUGCCUGUGUGUUGGUGCUCAGGUACCAGCCUGAGCAGCUGAGUACCGCCUAUGAAAUGGCCAACACCCAGGAUGAUGCAGACAUUUCCGAGUCUUACAUAGAAGGGAACUCUGACAUCUCUCCUCAAUCAGAGGAUACAGCCAGCAUCAAGAAUCUCUUGUCCCCCUCCAACCCUGAGCCGUCUCCCAUGUCUGGUCGUACCGUCAACAUCUGCACCAGCAUACUUGGUGUUCUGGUGUGUGUUUUCAGUGUGGUGGCUGUUCAAGGAGGAACAGCCCACUGGUCUGUGUCUCUGCUGAUCGUCAUCAUGGUGGCCUGCUUGCUUCUCACAUUUAUUGUAUUCAGGCAGCCUCAAAGCAAAGCCAAGCUGGCCUUUAAGGUUCCCUUGUUGCCCUUCAUUCCUGUCGUCAGCAUGUUUGUCAAUGUCUACCUGAUGAUGCAGCUCGAUAGAGGGACCUGGAUACGCUUUACCAUCUGGAUGAUCAUAGGUUUUAUCAUCUACUUCGGGUAUGGGAUUUGGAACAGUUCAGAAGCAGCUUCCAACAGGUCUGACAUCUUCCCUCCCGCCUGCUCGUUAAACGGAGAGCCAAUGAGCCCAGAGAAGGAGUCUUUCCUGCACAACACGGCGAGCUGCACCCCAGACGGCGACGAUUGAUGAGGAUAAGGGAGAAGUUUAUAUCUACUCUUGAGAGUUUCUGCAGCAGCAGAAAAAUAGCUAUGCAUGCAUCCUUGUAUGACUGUUUAUAAAGUUAGCCAUUUGCAAACUGGCAGUGUGCUAACAUGACAAACACUUUCAAUGGCAUAUUACGCGGGGGAAAAUGAGUUAGAGCUCAGUGAAUCAGAGCUGCAUCUUUUAAUGUUUGUUUACUGUGAACUGUAGAAAUUAGAGCCAGAGUUCUGUUAGAGCACCUAACACACACAGGUGCUUCGACUUUGGAGCUUUUGCAUUAUUUUAUGUUACAUAAAACAUGACAACUGUGUGAAUAUUUUGUACGUCACUUUGACAUCUAGUGAAAUGCAGAGUCUUUCCUGGGAUGGUCUGCUCUAUUUUAAGCAUUUCUUUUGUUUAUCUUUGAAAAAAGUUUGUUGAAUGUAAAGAACAUACAUAUGUUGUUUUUAACAAUGGCAAUUUGCAUAUUUUCUCUGAUACCAGCAAAGCUGCUAAUAUGGAGUUUUUAGAAGUCAGAUACUUGAGAUUUAUUUUAUGUUCUCAUUUCCUAAACAAAUUUUACACCCUUAAAGGUGGCAUUCAUAUAACACUAAAUACUUUUUUUGUGAGGAAUAAAUACAUUUUUUGUCUGUGUAUAUAACGCACAUUUUAAAUAGCCAAAGUCUGCUUUUAAGGAAUACGUUGAGUUUUACAUUUUUGGACCAUUUUCACUAGAUAAUGGAGAAAAGACAUUUUGAAUAUUUUAUGAUUGCAUUAAAAAAAUAUCUUGUUUUUUUUUUUUUCUCUCUCUCUAAUGCAUUAUAGCAGCCGUAACAGUUAGAAAUGUCCCUAUAGAUAUCAUUUGUGCCUCAUACAGUCAUUCAAAUACAGUAUAACAUUCGCCCUGUCCAGUGCUGCAUUAACACCGAUGCCAUGUUUAUGUUUGAAAAUAUAGUAGAUUUUAAUUGCAGUUCAAUAAUUAAUGAAUGUGAUCAAUAAUGCAUGGUUUACAUUUUAACUGUGACUGUUAACUCACUCACCCAUGAUGCUCUGGUCUAUGUGUUAUCCAGUACUGCUUGGGUUGAAACCAGAAUGAACUGGAUCAGGGUAUCAGUUGUUGAGUUUUGUGUAAAAAUGCCUGGGGUCCGAACGGGACGUCCCGAAUAACAACGUACCUCAAGCAGAUUUAUCUUGAAUAUAAAAGCUCCUGGGUGAGCGUGUGGAUGUGUGUGUGUUUAAAGAUCCACCUGGCAGCUCAAAGCUUAACGUUAUCUAUCAAGAUGUUUAUUUGUUGACUGAAAAGGCAACUUGGGGAACUAUGUCCUUUAAAAAUAUCCGUUUUAAAUCCUUAAAUGGAAUCGUCUGUAAGCGUGUACAUGAAUUACGCUGAUGUGAGAUUUUACUUGGGUUCUGUUGUCUGACAUAAAUUAAAUUCUGAUGAGUUAAAUCGGUUCCAACUUAGAAGGUUGCUCUAUUUAUUAACAUAGCGUGCUGACCUUUCUCACAGGGACACUAUACCGCCUUCAUGUAGGAUAAUAAUCAGUGUAAAUAAAAGUCGCAAUGGAUGUUCAGUAUGAUUGUGCGUCUUUGAGUUGUUUUAAUCUGUUUUGUAAAUACCAGUAAUUUACAAGGUUAUGCCACAUUUACAAACUUAAUUUGGAUUGUACAAAGUUUAUUUUUUCUCUUUAUAAAUACUGCUUUUAAUUUGAAGAAAAUGUUACAGUCUUUAAGGUUUAUGUGACAAAUUAAUCUAAGCUCACUACCUUUUCAAAUGGUGCGGAUAAAUACUGUAGUAUAUGUGCAAACGUGAACCCAGAUUUCAUCCCUGCACGUACAUUUCCUUGCUGGAUUAUGUUUUUACCAUGGAAGCAUUAUACAAAUAUUCAAACUGUAUUUUUAAUUGAGCUGCUUUUGUUCUGUUUCAACCAUCUCUUGUUCUCUUUGUUGUGGUUUAUUUUUAUUGUUUCUGUAAAUAAAUAUUGGGGAAUGUCAA